AACUCUACGUACUACGUCAACUAUGCGUGCUAGGUUGCUGGGCAACCGUGAAUAGUACGAAUCUGAGGAUAAAGCCUCUGAGCAAAAAUGCCACGCUCUGCACCCAAGCCUCAAACUGACAAGCACAGACGUAGGUCAUCUGUACAGGUGAUCUCACCUGCAGCACAAGAGCAGAAAGGGGAAGAUAUAAUCCCAGGUCACUUGACCCGGACCCAGUGGACAAAUAUGUUGCUUCAGGAGGAUGCAGAUGAGGCAGUGGGGGAAAUCUUAGAUGAACUGCUGAGGAAGGUCAUGAAAGGAUGUCUUGAUGUGUAUACUGAGAGCCAGCUACCAACUUUCUCUGCAUCUUGGGCCAAGAGGUACCUCACACAGAUUGUAGAGCACCAAAUCUUGUGCCUAGAUGAGGGAGAAGGACCAGUCGAAAGAUCAAAAACAGAAGAUUCUGAGCCUGUGCCACCAACUUCCGAUGCCUGGGCUCAAGGAUGUGUGCCUGUUCUUAUCCAUCAACAACAUCUUGCUGCACAGGAGAAGGCUGACAUUGACCAGGUUCCAGCACAGAGAGAGGCACGAGUCAGCCAGCAAUGAAUGUUGAGGUCCAAAUAAAAAGCUCCUCAAAGCGAAGAAACAAGUCCAAAUUAACCAGCCUUCCCAGUCUACCAGUUUAAAGCCGAUAGAGAGUGAUGCUAUCAUGUUCCUGGGUCAAAGACUCAGUGUUUUGAUUUUUGUAUUAUAAUUGUUGAUCUUUGAUUUCAUCAUGGUUUAUGACGACCAGUGUUUUGGUUUAAGUUUUGUAUUUCUUGCUCUCCAGUUGUUCUUGGUUUGUGAUUUCGAGUUCUUAGGUUUUGGUUCCUGUCCCCCUCAUGUUUAGUGUAGGUUUAGUUCUGUCCUUGUGUUUAUUCACUUGUUCCCUAGUCAGUCGUGUCUCAUGUCACUCUUGUCCCUGUACUUCGUGUUCCCUCUGUUCAGUAUCAGUCUAUGUCUCUGUACCCGUCGUGUGCUUCCUGUUUUAUUUUAACAGUCUCUGUUCUCCGUUCAGUCUCUGUCCCAAUGUUUUCUCUGUGCUUGUCCUGGUCCCACAUCUCAUGUCUAGUCUCCCUGUCUCUAUGUUCCCGCUGUAAGGUGUCAGUUAUGUCGUAACAUUAAGCUUGUGCCUCUGAGUCUGUGACUGUAUGUACGUGCCAUAUUUCCUGUUUUACUCUGAUAGUCUUGUGUGCUAUGUCAGUGUGUCUAGUUUGGCUCCCCUUGCCUCGGCAUGUUUCAUUAGGUUCAGCUGUGUCUCCCCCCCGUUUGUUUCCUCGUUCCCUGUGUGUUCUCCUUAGCUCCUUGUUGGAUCGGCUGUGUUACUCCUGCGUUCUCUCCUGUGUGUCAUUGCUUCCGUCUCAGCUUUUCUAGUUAUGUUUCAGGUUAGCUUUGCCAGUAUAGGUUUUGUUUGUUCUUUUCUAGUUGUCUUUGCCAUUUAUUUUUAACAUCUGUUCAGCCCUAAAUAUAGGCUCAUUUUCUGUUACCAUCCACAUUCAUCUCCAUUGUCUGCAUUUGGGUCCACUCCUCUAACUUCAUGUGGUUUGCCUCAAACCAUGACAGAUGCCCCU